AGGAUGUUUUUAUUCCAAAUGUCCAGGCUAGGCAAAUUCACAGACAUAAAGUUAAGUAGUGUUUUCUAGGGCAAAGGUUUGUGGAGAUGCAGUAGUGAUUGCUAAAACGGAUAAGUUUCUUUUUGACAUGGUAAAAAUAUCCCAACACUGUGGUAAUAGUUGCAACCUGUGAAUAUUACUAAGAACCACUGACUGCUGCACCAUACAUGGGCGAGAAGAAGAAGAAGAAGAAAAAAUCCCACCUAUUAUUUAUUUCAAAGACUGAAACUUGGGACUAAACAUCCCAAACGUUGUUAUUUCAAAGCCCCGCCGCCAACGAACUGGGGGGCUCCGGGGCAGGUCCUGGCUUUCACGUGUGAGGUGUCCUCGCCGCAGCAGCGCCGCAGAGGUUAGUCGGGGCAGUCAGUGUAGGACGCGGCUGCCGCGGCCUCAGGUCACUGCGCGCCCCUCCUCCGGCCUGAGUCACGGCGUCGCCGGAGUCCCCACGCGAGGAUGCUGCGGUGAGCGCGGUCCGGACGCCGCGGGCCCUGGGGCGCAGCGUGGGGCUCUCGGCUGCCCGCCCGCCCGCCCGGCGGCGCCGCUCGCUCGGGACUGCUCGGGAUUGUCGGCGGCCUGCGCGUCCCAGGCCUCCAUGGCGUUCACCCGGAAGAGGCAGCGCGAGCAGCAGCUGCAGCUCUACUCCAAGGAGAGGUUUUCCUUACUGCUGCUCAACUUGGAGGAGUACUACUUUGAGCAGCACACAGCUUUCCAUGUCCAGCACCAGGGCAGCCACGAGGAAAGGAAAAUCAGAGGCUCCUUAAAGAUAUGUUCAAAGUCAGUGAUUUUUGAACCAGAUGCAAUAUCUCAGCCCAUUCUUAAGAUUCCUUUGAGAGACUGUUUAAAAAUAGGAAAACACGGAGAAAAUGGAGCCAAUAAACACUUUACAAAGGCAAAAUCAUGGGGUAUUUCACUCAUUUUCAGUCAGGUAUAUUUCAUUAAAGAGCACAAUAUUGUGGCACCAUAUAAGAUAGAACGGGGAAAAAUGGAGUAUGUCUUUGAACUGGAAGUUUCUGGGAAGGUGGAAGAUGUUGUGGAGACGUUGUUACAGCUGCACAGAGCAUCCUGCCUUGAUAAACUUGGAGACCAAAUGGCCAUGAUAACAGCUAUCUUGCAGUCACGUUUGGCUAGGACAUCAUUUGACAAAAACAGGUUCCAAAGCGUUUCUGAAAAGCUGCACAUGGAGUGCAAAGCAGAGAUGGUAACGCCUCUGGUGACAAAUCCCGGGCAUGUGUGCAUUACAGACACCAACCUGUAUUUCCAGCCUCUCAACGGGUACCCGAAACCUGUGGUCCAGAUAACACUCCAGGAUGUCCGACGCAUUUACAAAAGGAGGCACGGCCUCAUGCCUUUGGGUUUGGAAGUGUUUUGCACAGAAGACGACCUGUGUUCAGACAUAUACCUGAAGUUCUAUGAGCCUCAGGACAGAGAUGACCUCUACUUUUAUAUUGCCACGUACCUAGAGCACCAUGCUGCAGAACACACAGCGGAGAGCUACAUGCUGCAGUGGCAGCGAGGGCACCUCUCCAAUUACCAGUACCUGCUCCACCUCAACAAUCUGGCCGACCGUAGCUGCAAUGACCUGUCCCAGUACCCCGUGUUUCCAUGGAUAAUCAGUGACUACUCCAGCUCAGAGCUAGAUUUGUCAAAUCCUGCAACCUUUCGAGAUCUUAGUAAGCCGGUGGGAGCCCUAAAUCAGGAGCGGCUGGAGAGACUGCUGACUCGAUACCAGGAAAUGCCUGAGCCGAAGUUCAUGUAUGGAAGCCACUACUCUUCUCCAGGCUAUGUGCUCUUUUACCUCGUUAGGAUCGCACCAGAAUAUAUGCUGUGUCUACAAAAUGGAAGAUUUGAUAAUGCAGAUAGGAUGUUCAACAGUAUUGCAGAAACCUGGAAAAACUGUUUGGAUGGUGCAACGGAUUUUAAAGAGUUGAUUCCAGAAUUCUAUGAUGAAGACGUUAGCUUUUUGGUCAACAGUCUGAAGUUGGAUCUGGGAAAGAGACAAGGAGGGCAGAUGGUUGACGACGUGGAGCUUCCAACAUGGGCCUCAAGUCCCCAAGACUUUCUCCAGAAGAACAAGGAUGCCUUGGAAAGCAGUUACGUGUCUGAGCAUCUUCACGAGUGGAUUGACCUGAUAUUUGGAUAUAAGCAAAAAGGGAGCGAGGCUGUAGGUGCCCAUAAUGUGUUUCAUCCCCUGACCUAUGAAGGCGGUGUUGACUUGAACAGCAUUGAGGAUCCUGAUGAGAAGGUAGCCAUGCUGACCCAAAUUUUGGAAUUUGGGCAGACACCAAAACAGCUGUUUGUGACACCACAUCCUCGAAGGAUCACACCCAAGUUUAAAAGUUUGUCCCAAGCCUCCAGCUACAAUGCUUCUAUGACAGACUCUCCAGUUUCUCCAGGGGAGGAGUCAUUUGAAGACCUGACUGAGGAAAGCAAAACUCUGGCCUGGAACAAUAUCACCAAGUUGCAGCUACACGAGCAGUACAAGAUCCACAAAGAGGCGGUUACAGGGAUAGCAGUGUCUUGCAAUGGGUCUUCAGUCUUUACCACCUCACAAGAUUCCACAUUGAAGAUGUUUUCUAAGGAAUCCAAAAUGCUACAAAGAAGUAUAUCAUUUUCAAAUAUGGCUUUAUCGUCUUGUUUACUUUUGCCAGGAGACACCACUGUCAUAAGCUCUUCUUGGGAUAACAACGUCUAUUUUUAUUCCAUAGCAUUUGGAAGACGCCAGGACACACUGAUGGGACAUGAUGAUGCUGUCAGUAAGAUCUGUUGGCAUAAUGACAGGCUGUAUUCUGCCUCGUGGGACUCUACUGUGAAGGUGUGGUCCGGUGUUCCUGCAGAAAUGCCAGGCACAAAAAGACACCAGUUUGACUUAGUGGCUGAGCUUGAACAUGAUGUCAGUGUCAAUACUAUCAAUUUAAAUGCUGUAAGCACACUGUUAGUUUCUGGCACCAAAGAAGGCAUGGUGAAUAUUUGGGACCUCACUACGGCCACCUUAUUACACCAGAUCUCAUGCCAUUCAGGGACAGUAUGUGAUGCUGCUUUUAGCCCAGAUAGUCGCCACAUCCUCAGCACAGGAGUAGACGGCAGUCUAAAUGUGAUUGAUGUGCAGACAGGCAUGCUCAUCUCCUCCAUGGCCUCAGAGGAACCACAGAGGUGCUUUGUCUGGGAUGGAAAUUCUGUCUUAUCUGGAAGUCGGUCUGGUGAGCUGCUUGUUUGGGACCUCCUUGGAGCAAAAGUCAGUGAGCGGAUACAGGGCCACACAGGUGCCGUGACAUGCAUAUGGAUGAAUGAACAGUGUAGCAGUAUCAUCACAGGAGGGGAAGACAGACAAAUUAUGUUCUGGAAAUUGCAGUAUUAAGUGCCUUUUCCUCUCUAUCAAGUUCAAUUCUAAUGUAUUUUUAAACCAAACUUUUAACUGGUGAAUGUGCAAUGAUAGUAAUUAGAAGUUUUACCACAUGAAGAAUUUGUGGUUUCAACUUCCUAAAUCAUGAUGACUUCACUCAAAGCCAUUUGUUGUUGUCAUCCAUUAAGCAGAUAAAACAUGGCCAUGUUAGAGCAAAGAACAUUCUAAGACAGAGGACUGUCACACAGAACAACAGUUAGAAGACUACUGGGUAUUCAGGACAAGAAAAAUACCCAGAUGGACUGAAGAACAUCAGACAGCAUUGGCCAGCCUAGUCCUCAAGAGGUAUAGGAGCCUCUGAUCCAAGCUGCCCAGGUUCUGAUGGUAACACAGUUCCUUGAUGUGUUUUCAUGGACUGGUUCCUUUCUGCAAUGAAUGCUGUGUGCCCAGAUUCUAAGAAUCUGGGGGAGGAAUAGCUGUUCUUAUUACAGUAAGUCUAUUACUGUGUAUAGCAAUGGUUUAUAUUUCAUUAUGCUACUAAAUGUUCAUCUUUUCUACAUUAAAAAUAUUUUUCUGUA